AGCAUUCAACAUAUUCGCCUCAUCUCAAUGUGAGCCAACAAUCAAGUCGUGACAAGGCGACGCUGAGUCUUACUUGCAUAGCGUGUAGCUUGCCGUGAGCUGUCCAUCCAACCACGCAAUCAAUUCCGGAACCGCGCUGAAGUAGUUGCAUGGGGAUCGGUAUAUGCACUCUCAAAUGGUACCGGUUCAUUGUCGAGCUUGAGCGCAACACAAAGGCAGCAUGGCCUUCUCGGGGAGAGACGUAGCCCUCUCUUUCGUGGGCGGGUUUCUCGCCGCUCUCAUCGUCUCCCUCGUCGCCGGCGUCGUCAUUUUGCAGCGGAGCGAUGCCCGUGGACUAGGGCAUUGGAAGCUCAACGCCAAAAUGCCACUCGCGACGAUGUGGAUGAAUUUGGGCUAUUGGACCAGAGACGACGGCAGUCAGGUCACAACCUUUGAAGAAGCUACGUCGAACUUGCUUCGCCAGAUCCUCCUUCAAGCUGACCUCAUCUCCCCACGCGCCAGCCCACAGAGAUCAAUUGCAAUACUGGACGUUGGAUUCGGCUGCGGGGAUCAGACGUGGGCUCUCGUUAAAUCCAUUGAUCCGUCGACGAACUACACCGACUUUCGCUACAUCGGACUCACCCUGGACGAGGCGCAGACGGAGACCGCCUCGCGAUACAUCUACUCGUCUGUUGCUUCGUCCAAGGCUCCUUGCCCUGAUGCUACCGCAUUCAAACUCUUUUGCGCCGACGCGUCCGUGCCUAAGAAAUGGGCGGGCCCUGUUCACCGAGAGGUCGAGGCAUUGAAAGCGUUUGGUGAAAAGUGGUUUCUGGCACUGGACUGUAUUUACUACUUCUCACCGUCCAGGCGUCCCAUAAUGGAUUUUAGUGCGAACCGAUUGGGUGCUGGCUUCAUGGCGUUCGAUUUGUUGAUGAACCCCGAGGCGUCCAGGAAAACUGCGCUCAUCGCCAGGCUUAUAGGGGUAAUGAUGGGCUGUCCAUUCAGGACAUUCCUCACGCAAGUGGAGUACGAACGACAGUUGGUUGAUUGCGGGUAUCCAAAGGAGCAGAUAGAGAUCAGAGAUAUCACCGAGCAUGUGUUUCCAGGGAUUGUGCGAUUCUUGGAUGCGCAAGAUCGUGCGUUGAGUCAGUACGGCAUCUCGCUAGGUGGCUACAAGCUCGCCGGUAGGUUGUUCGACUGGUUUGGGCGUUCCGGUGCAUUGAAGGCUGUCAUUGUUGUUGCCCGUGCCAAGGGCAGCAUGGGAGACGUCAGCGCAGCCAGCGUGGAAACAUGAAAUGUU